AUGAAAACAUCUAUUACUCUCACCAAAGACGCUCGUUUUAAGUCACCAAAAGAAGUUCUUCGACGAAAACGAUAUUGCACUGGUUACAUUUUUGCUUUCAAAGAAGGUGAUCCAAGACAAUUACUACAUCCAACUGAUAGUCAGGGUAAUCUUUGUGGCUCAGAAGAAUACGCCAAUCAACCAUAUGUGUAUUUUUUUGAUUGGACAAAAUGUAUAAAGUCAUUUAAUGUACCAUCCAAUAUUUUAAAGGGUCGUCCAUUUGUUUUUCCUACAACACAAGUUUGUGUUGAACAAUGUCCGACUGUAACAUCUUAUUAUAAAUUUGAAAAUGAUUAUGCAAAUAGAGUUUGUACAUAUGAUGUAGCCCAAAGUAACCAUAAUGAUGAAGAAUUAGUUAAGGCUGGAAAAUGUGCAUCAUAUAUUAUUACUAGUAAACCAUUGUUUGGUCAAUGUGUUCCUCAACAUAUACAGAAUUUGACUAAUUCUAUAAUUCAGGUACCGGAUCGUAAUAAAUCUAAUGCAACUGUAUAUGAUUCAAAUGGACAACCAUUAAGUGGCUCCAGGCUUGAACAGAGUGUAAAAUAUCUUGUUGAUUUACUUAAUUUAAAACAAAUAGGCGCAAUGCUUGUUGAAGAUUCCACAACAUCAUGGAAAUAUAUAUUGAUUGCUUUCGCCAUUGCUGCAACUGUAUCGUUUGUAUGGAUUGUAUUAAUGCGUUGGUUAGCAAAAUCAAUUGUUUGGCUUGGUAUAAUAUUGUUUAUUGUUUUAUUAGCUAUUAUAAGUGGUUUAUCAUUUUUUGAAUUUAUUCAACUUCGCGAAAAAAAUGAUAAUCAAAUAUUGACAGAAUUUAAAUUUGUUGUUGAUGCAAAUUAUUAUCGAAGUUUACCAAUAACAUGGUUAAUUAUUGCAAUUCUAUCGACUCUUCUUCUACUCAUAUCAGCUCUUAUUCUUCUUGUUUUAUUUAAACAUCUUCGAAUAGCUUUUGCUACUUUUCAAGAAGCAUCAAAAGCUGUUGCAUACAACUGGGGAUUUGUGACAGUUUAUCUAGCAACUGCAGGAAAACCAAUUUAUCGAACAGCACUUGAUGAAACAGCUGCAAAUUCAACAAAUGUAACAUAUGGUGAAAUAUGUGAUCCAAAUAAAUGGAAUAAUAUUGAUGGAAUGUAUAUUGAAUGUGUCUUUUGGGAGUAUGGAUAUGAUCCACAGAUUGAUUUGAAUAGUAUUCUUAAUGGUACUGGUCAACAUUCUAAAUCUUUUAUUAGCUUUGUCAAUAAAAAUCAAUGGAUUCCACAAUUAUUUUCUACUUUUAUGUUCUUUUGGUUAACAGCUUUUAUUAUUGGCUUUAGUGAAUUAGUUCUCGCUGGUGUUUAUGCACGUUAUCAUUGGGAUAGAAAACGAUUUGGUAUUCCAUGUUUAUCAUUAGGUGAAUCUUUGUUGCGUGCACUUGUAUUUCGUCUUGGCACAAUAGCAUUUGGUUCAUUAAUCAUAGCAAUUAUUAAAUUGAUUCGUGUAUUAUUAGAAUAUAUUGAAAAAAAAGUAAAAGACGAAACAGGAAGGAUUGCUCGUUAUCUAUUUUGUUGUUGUCGUUGUUGUUUACUCUGUUUGGAAAAAUUCUUAAAAUUUCUCAAUCGAAAUGCUUAUAUAAUAACAGCAAUAUAUGGAACAGGGUUUUUUACAUCAGCACGCCGUGCAUCUCAUAUUAUUAUUUCAAAUCCACUUCGUUUACUUGUUAUUGAUAAAGUAUGUGACUUUCUUAUGUUUAUUGGUAAAUUAUGUAUAACAGUUGGUAUCGGUAUUCUUGCUUUCUUCUUUUUUACUCAUCGAAUACCACAAGCUAAAGAAUAUGUACCAGAAUUACAUUAUUAUCUUGUACCAUUAUUGCUAAUUAUUAUUGGUACUUAUGUUAUUGCAACAUGUUUUUUUCGAUAUGAAUAUGAAGAAAAAGAAUCCAAACCAUCACAUGAUGAUGCCGAAAAACUUGAAAAAAGUAUUUCAAAUUAA